AGGAAAGCAGACAGAUGCACGCGUAGUUUUUAAUGUCCACUGGAUUAAAGAAAGCGCUCUUAUCAUUAAUAUAAGAAAUUCAUAUGAAACAUCACUACUCUGCGACAAAAUGAGUCAUUUCAACCCAGGUCUUAUUGCAGCAUAUAAUAGUUUGACGGACAAACAUCUGAGCGGAUACUUCAACAAUGCAAGAAUUCGAAGACAUCUUCAAAAAGUUGGGCUGAUCAGCCGGAGUGGACGGAUCGUUCCAGAUAAGGAGUACAAACACAAGCUGAUCCAGAGGGCACAUCAGAGACAUGUGAGAGAGUGUCUGGCUCAAGCCAUCUUCCACAAGGUGCUGGACAUGGAGCGUCUUCAUCAAUCCGAGAUCAAGAGAAAACUUGAGGAAUUUGCAAGAAGGGAGCAAAUACACAAAAUAAAGGCUGAGCGUUCUAAGAGGUGUGAUGAGGAACCAAUGCUAUUGUUUUCACCUCGGCCCCCCACGGGACCAAAGAUCUCUCACACACGCCAUUCUGGGCCUGAUGCAGAGAAUUCUGAGUCGACAGAAUCUCCGAGUUCCUCCCGGCCCAACACGGCUCCUGGAAAGAUGCAGAGACCUGUUCGACUCAAGCCGUUGAACAGCAACAGUGCCACAACCUCUCUGAGGAGAACCUCCCCUAGAUACAGACGACGGGACCGGGAGUCCUCCAAUGACACAGAUCAGCCCCUCAGUUAUAUGCUGGACAGAGACACCAUGAGACAUACGACCGUGACAGACUUCUCUAGUACUGUCUCGCCCUACCGUCUUCCUGUCAUUAACAACUACGUGACCCCUGUGCCUCCGCUCACUAAAAAGAAAGACAGAGGAGUGAGACUGAAUGGUACACAUAGAGGACGAAAGUUGAGACCCACUACAGCACCAACGGAGCAGCCCUCCCCUCUCCAGAGGACAUCCGCUCAGAGUAGAGUAUCAGUAAGAAUGGUUUAUUUUGGCAAGAGUGUCCACUUGUCUCAUGAUCUGAUGGACCUCACAGAUGAGGUGAAAGUCUUUCAGCAGCAUUGUGGAGGAGAGAAUCUCUGUAUCUUUAAAGGGAAGCUAAAUGAAGGAGAAAUUUUUGAGUUUUUGUCGAGACGUCAUCAGGGAUUUCCCUUUAGUCUUACAUUCUUCCUGAAUGGCCUGCAAGUGGAGCGGCUCAGCUCAUGCUGUGAGUUCAAACACAGAAAAGGUGCUCGUCUCGGGGGCAGACAUGGACACUUUGGUUUUUCCAGUGUGGAGGGAGCAUCUCCCUGUUACAAAUGUAUUAUUGCCAUGGGCUUGGACAAAAAACCUACCCCUCCUCCCAAAAAAGUCAAAGAAGAGGUGCCUAGUUCUAAAUCCCCUGAUGCCAAAGAGUCCACAGAUGUAGAUGAGGAUAUAGAGACGCGUUCAAAUUCAGAGCCUCAUGCAUCACAGGGAAUGGAGACAGACCACAAUGGAGAAACACCAGAGGGGAAAAAGCCUAAAGAUGACUACGAGGAAGACUUCGAGGCAGAUGAUGAAGGACAAGUUGAGGAUGAAGAGGAAGUGGAGGGAAAGUCUUCUUCGGUUGCCAAUAAUGAAGAAAAUGACAGAAAUGAAAACAAAAGAGACUCUGACAGUGAAGUUGAGGACGCUAUGAUGUCUAAUAAAAGGUCACCAUCUGUCUCAUCUGGUCGAACGUCCAGUUUGUCCAGCCGAGACAGUGAUAACAGUGACAGAGAAAUAGAGGAGGAUACCAAAGAAGCCACCGCUGAUGUUCUAGAGGAGAGCAUUCACGUUCAACCAGAAGAAGACCUCACCACAGUUAAGAUGGAGGAGCGCAGCUCUGUUACACAACCUCAAGAUGCAGAACAGGACUCUGAGACGCAGGACAAUCAAGUGGACAGCGUGGAGAAGAGUGAAUUGGAAACGUCAGAAAAUACAGAGAAGAAUGAACAUACUAAAGGUGAGAAGGCCAGGGAGGAAUCUGACCCUGAUGAUAAUCCACCAGAACCUGAAUCAGAGACAGCCACGUCAAUGCAGGAGAAGUUGGCCGCGGCCAUUUUGAAGGAAUCUCAUUGUAGUUCAGAGCCAGAGCUCAGUGAUACAAGCACAGAGGAAGAUGAAGGAGCUUCUGUGAAGACCCAACAAGACAGCCAAGGUGCAGAAAUUGAAAGUGCAAUAAGUAUGGUUUCACCACAACCAUCAAACAUACAGCAAGAUAUUUCAGAGGAAAAUGAAGCCAACACACAGGAGGCUGCGUGUGAGAAAACAUCGCUUGGUGAUGAUGAAACAGGGCAACCUGCAGAGGAGGCAAACACAGAGAUACCUUAUGCACACAAAGAGGAGGGAGGAGAACAACCGAGGACAAAUGAAGAGAUGACAGCAAGCUUAGAGGUAGAGGAAUGUGAGAAAACAAAUGAGGAUAAAGUACAAGAUGAGGCAAACGACGAGCAUGUGGAUGUUAAUAAAGAGUCUAAAGAAGAAGAAGAAGAAGAAGAGAUGUUUGAAUCAGUGCAAGAAUCAGAAACACAUGAUCAAACGCUAGACACUGGAAAUACAGUUGAUGAAGAUAUACAAGUAAUAGAAAAUGAGUUUUCAGAGACAGCCGAAGUGCCGUCUAUAGAGAAAGAGGGUUCAGUAUCAUCUCAUAUUGAUAAUGACAUAGGAACAGGUGUUGCUAAUACUGAGGGGAAGGCAGACGCUGAUGACGCAGAUCAGAACAUAGAGAGGAGCAAUGACAGAGAUGAAAGAGAUGACCAAACAGAUGAGGCUGGUGAUGAUAGGUCAACUGGGGAGAAGGUCCAGGACACAGGUGGCUUGAUGGAGGAUGGCAGUUCUGGUAAACAGGAAGAUGAAGGUACAAAGGAAGAUGUGAAGGAUGAUGCACAGAAGGAAGAGGAAGACGAUGUAGUGGAAAAAGUUGUAGAGAAGCUAGAAAGUGAGAAUGAUAGAGGUGUAGAGGAUGCAGAGACACCAAUUGAUGGAGAGAAAGAAUAUAAGAUAGGAGAGAGAUCAGAAGAUCAAGAAAAACAGGAAACAAUAGAGAGAGAAGAUGAGGAAGUGUUAGAAGAAUCUGAUGAAGCCGAACAUCAAGAAAAUGAGGGUGGGCAAGACUUAAAGACAGAUGAUGUAGAAAAAGAAGAAGAUGAUGGACAGAAAGAAGCAGAAGGUGGAGAACAAGGUGGAAAUGAACUAUCAGGGGAAGAAGGAAAUAAGAACAGUGAUGAUGAGAUUGUAGGAGAAACUGAGAAAGUAAAUGAUGAAAUGAUGGAAAACAGGGGAGAGGAAGAGGAAAAGAUGAGAGAUGAGAUUGUAGGAGAAACUGAGAAUGUGAAUGAUGAAAUGAUGGAAAACAAGGAAGAGGAAGAGAUGAUAGAUGAGAUUGUAGGAGAAACUGAGAAAGUGAAUGAUGAAAUGUUGGAAAACAAGGAAGAGGAAGAGAUGAUAGAUGAGAUUGUAGGAGAAACUGAGAAAGUGAAUGAUGAAAUGAUGGAAAGCAGGGAAGAGGAAAAGAUGAGAGAUGAGAUUGUAGCUCAAGAAAGUGAGAGUAUAGAGAACAAAGCGGAAGAAACGCUAGAAACUGAAGAAAAGUUGGUUGAGGAAUUGAAAUGUGAUGAAGAUGAGGCAAAGAAAAAGGUAGAAGACAUGAAUGAGACCGGUGAGAAUGUAGAAAAGGAGGCAGUUUCAGAUGAAAAACCAGAAGAAAACUUUACUGAGGACGGAAAUGAAGAAUUGGUUUUACAAGAAGGACAAAUUGGUCCCAGCGGGGAGCCAAAAGAUGACACAGGGUCCAGUAUCAAAGAGGAGGUACCUGCAUACAUGAAUCAUGACUUGCUAGCAAAUAAUAUAGAUGCUGAAAAUGGAGAGAGAGAGAUCGCCACACAAGAUUAUGAUGAAAAACUGGAAAAAGAUCUUCAAGAAGAGGAAACACCUAACAAAUUAGAGGUUGAGACGACUGCUGGUGAGGCUCAAGAUGUUACAGAUGAUAGUGAAACAAAGCCAGAGACUGAUGAAGAUGAUAGCAAAGAGCAGGAGAUUGAAAACACAAAUUUAAAUGAAACAAAUUCAGAUGAUGAAGUUGCCUCAGGAAGAGGUUCUCAGUUGGACCAUGAGAAAGCAGUGGCAGAAGAGGCUGAUAAAGAUUCCGAAACGUCUGCAAAAACAUUCAUAGAAAAUGUAACCCAUGAGUCGUGUGACAUACAGGAAACGGACAAAAAAGAUGAAGAACGUGAGAUUAUUACAUCAGAAGAACCUAAUAAUAUAGACACCAGAGAUGCUCCUGAGGGACAAGACAGCGAACCAGAGGAGAUGAAAGAGAAGUCGGUCAAUGAAGAAGAUGGUGGAUCGUCAACUGUGCUGGCCUUCAAAAAAGAAGAGAAGGAUCUGAGUAUUGACCCAGAAGAUCCAACCGUUCGUCCAGCAGUUUUAGAUGGAGCAAAUGGUGUGGAUCUUGUGAGUAACUGGAUUAACAUACACCAAACCUCCAGGUAUUUCCAGACAUUUAUUGAGCCUCUUGAUGAAAUCAAAGAGAACUCAGAUGAAACUGGCGAUGAGUUGGUAGAUGCUACAGAGACACAAAGUACUGAUUUUGGGGGUCUUGAUGAAACUCCAGUAGAUGAAAGCUUAAUAACAGAAAUCAAACCUGAAGUCGUUGAAGACGAUGUUUACAAUGACCAGGUUAAAGACAAAGAUGAAGAAGUCAAAGAUGGAGAUAACAGAGGUUCUUUGGUCACUACAUGGUCUAGACAAAGUAAUGAAGAUGACAUCAAUCAAAACCAAAUGGCCAGACAAGACGAUCAUAUGCUAAACAAUGACUUAAAUCUGGCAACAGCAGCAGGUACAACGUCUGAAGAAAUUCAAGGCAUAAACUCCUUUAAAACCCAAGAGCAUCCAAGCUCGAAUCCAAGCUCUCAAGAAGAAUCAAAACAAAAUAACCAACAAACUACGACUGAAGAAAUGUCUUCUGUAUCUCAAACAGAGGAAACAACUGACAAAGAGAUCAUGGAGAGUUCAGAACACAAUCUGCAAUCUGAGCAAGUACCUCAGACGGAGUACAUCGAGUCGCAGAGUCCGACAAUCACACUAAUGACAGACCUCACAGUCAUCAAUAGAUCUGAAAAUGGGAGCCGAGAUGACACGGCAAGUGUCGAUUUCAAUGAAUCCAGACAGUCGGAUGGAAGCAAGAAUGCAGAUGGAAACAGAAGACAUUUCAAACAGACUCCGGGCAUAGACACACUGAGCACUUUCUCAAUAGACGACUCCAGGUUUUUUGGGCCGGCGGGAUAUCCGAGAUUAACAACUGCUCACACUGAGAACAGUUACUAGUGCUCAAAGUACUUACAGUUGCCAGGAUCUUCCCACAACACAACACACACACGCAUGCAUUCAUCACCACCCAUAAAGAAUUAAGAGGUGACCACCAGCAACGGUGUCAUGCAAGUUUCAUCACAUUUGCUUUCUUGUGUUUUCGUGCUUGUUUCCAAGCAACGGCUCUUUGUACCGCUGGACUCAGCACUGUUGUACAGAAGUGUUGUGGUUGGACUGCAUGGCACUAACAAAACAAAAGAGCAAGAUGACCCCACUCCUCCAUUAAUGCACUGUGAUGAUGUAAUGGCCAUUGAAUUUGUUUUCGUAAUAUGUCUCUGUGUUGUUUAUGACAUGAGAAUAUGCAGGUGGGGGAGUUUAAAUUAAAUUUCAUAUCUUAUGUGUCAAAAUAACCUUCAUUACAAUAUACAACCCUGUUUGUUCAAGUCUGAACUUUUUCGUUGGCCCUUGAAGUUACCCACUCACAAUUUUUAAUCAAUAAAAUAUUGUGGAGACUGGCAUUACUAAAGAUGUACAUUUCUUAUAAAACAUAUAUGGACUGUAGAAAUUUUGUUUUAUUUUAGUUUAAUAUUUUGAUUUGCCUUAAUUCUAAAUACUUUAAAGACAUCUUCAGGCCCCUUGGAAGUGUGUUAAGGAUCCCUAGUGGGCCCCGGUCCCCUGGUUGUGAAACACUGAUCUAUGGUAACAUUCAUAAUUAAUCCAUGUGGGAAAAUCAUUCAAAACCCACACUGGCUAUAAUAAAAUGGAAUAUCAAACAAAAAUAUGUGACACUGUCUGUAAAAUCCAGGUUAAAGUCUUAUAAUUUAAGCAUCAAAGUUUGAUUUCAAGCAUUCAUUUCAAUCUGACAUGACCUGACUCAGGCCUAGUCCACACAGACACGGUUUAAAAGAAAAUGUCCGUCCACAUGAAAAAGCAAAAACACGCUAUCAAGCGCUGUCAAGAGCAUGACACAUCAGCAGGCGGGGAUUUAAGCCACCUUGGCCAAUCAGAAGCCUAACAAAAGUGACGUCUCAAAGCCAAAACCCCGGUUUUACUGUCUACACGACAACACUGCAUCCAGCGUUUCUUAAAAUCCUCACCCUGGCAGGGGUUUUCAAAAAUGUUCGGUUUCAGUGCCCUGAUAUUGCGUUUUCGUGUGGAUGACCAGCCUAACCCCGUAAAAAAGUCUGUGUGGACUAGGCCUCAGUCAAAAUUAACCCUUAAUCCGUGUUUUAGAACCCUGUGUUACCUUCAUCUCAGGGGCAUAAAACUCUGUGAAUUUUCUUUAAUAAUUUAUCUAAACAUGCACAAAAAACCUGGGCUUGAUUUGGUUGUUAUAAAGGUGUGUAAAAAAAUACCGUUUAAGGUGUUUGGGGUCAAAAUGACCCCACAUUGAAAAUGAAUAAAAAUCACUUUUUGAAUGAAUGGGAAAAUAAA